GAUUAUCUUUUAUGUCAAAGGAAAUUCACCUUCAAUCCUAAGAUGAUGCAGGUAGGCUACCCCUUUAGUGUUUUCCAUUACACACCUCAAUUCUUUCACCUCUUCUGAAUUUUGGGGAGAAAGAUGAUAUACGAUAGACUUUAACUUUAGACUAUAGACUUUAGACUAUAGACUUUAAAUGUAUGUCCACUGUUCCUUCUAUAUACCUGUCCCCUGUAGAGCCUUGCUCAGGGCCCACACUGCGUCUCUGCAUUCUUAAACGUGAAGAGGGUGAGUCCUUCAGCUUCCACCUGCGUAUGGAGAGGGGCUGCCUUGGUCAUGUGAUCAGACAUGUGACGCCAUGGGGGGUGGCGGAGCGCGGCGGUCUCAGAGACGGGGAUCGACUCCUGGAGGUCAAUGAGGGCUUUGUGGAUAACAUGACACACCCAAAGGUGGCCAUGCGUAUAAAGCUUAGUGGGCGCCAGCUGUGUCUGUUGGUGUUGGAUGGAGAGGAGUACGACCAGGCAAUGUCACAGGGUCAUGAUCUCCAGGCCCUAGCCAGAGAACACAGAGGAGAGGGCUGCAGCCCGCCCCGGCUUUGCCACAUCAUCAGAGAUACAUCUUCAGGCUUUGGAAUCAACUUCCUGCCCGUGGAAGGGGAGAAGGGACUGAUCUCAGUGAGCCUGGUGAGCGGGGGUCCGGCCGAGAGAGCGGGGGUGUGUCAGGGAGACCGCCUGUUGUGGAUCGAUGGCAACACAGUGUCAGAGCUCACAAACUCUGUUCUCAGCAAGAUGGUGAAGAAGUGCAGGGACCACAUGACCAUCCUGGUGAUUGACAGUGAGAGUGAGCAGAGCUAUGCCCACAGGCGGAUGCCCAUCCUCCCCACCCUGGCUGGUUCCCACCACAACCUGCCCCAUACACCCAGGAAACUCCAGCUGGUCCCUGGACCCGAGGGGUAUGGCUUCCUCCUCAGAGAGGAGAGGACACCGUCAGGAUGCAAAGCCCACGUAAUGCGUGAGGUAGACCAAGGCAGCCCGGCUGAGAUGGCAGGCAUUGAGGAAGGAGACCUGCUACUUGAGGUCAAUGGAGAGGCAGUGGAGUCACUGGGCCAUGAGGACAUAGUGGACAGAGUACGGAAGAGUUGCCAACAGGUCACCCUUACCACCAUCACAGCCCGUGGCCAAGAGUUUUACAGUACCCUAUUUUACUCCAUUCAGUUGGAUCUGUCCCCUCUGCUCUUCUGUGGGAGUAAUGCAGUUGAACAGGUAAAGGAAACUGAGAACCUAGCCCCACCACCACUCCCAGUUGUAGUGGAGGUUCCAAAGGAAGAACCAGUGGUGCUGCCCACUGUGCCUAGUCCCGUGCCCAGUCCACGGCUUUGUGUUCUCCAGAAAGGACCUCUGGGUUUUGGCAUCAACUUGGGCUGUGUCCAGGACACCCCUGGAACCUUUGUAAGCCAGGUGGCACUGGGGGGCUCUGGGAGUAGAGCAGGACUACAGGUAGGGGACGUUGUGAUGGAGGUGAACGGACAGAACAUGGAGGAGAACUGUCUGGAGGAUGUGAUGGUUCUGGUUCAGGAGGAAGGACAUUCUCUCUCUCUUCUGGUUGUGGAGAAGAGUGGGUACAACAAGCUCGGACAGAGCCAGAGUCCCUUUACUGCUGUAGAGACUACGGUGGAGGAGGAAACUGAUGGCAUAUCUGCCCUGUGAGUGACCGAAAAUGACCCAAGCAUCUAUAUACAGUUUAAGUCGGAAGUUUACAUACACCUUAGCCAAAUACAUUUAAACUCAGUUUUUCACAAUUCCUGACAUUUAAUCCAAGUAAAAAUUCCCUGUUUUAGGUCAGUUAGGAUAACCACUUUAGUCUAAGAAUGUGAAAUGUCAGAAAAAUAGUAGAGAAUGAUUUAUUUC